AAAAAUAAAUUUCCAUAUCAAAGAGACCCUGUUCCACUUCAAUGCAUGUCUCUAAGGCAGCCGAGAUCCUGAAUUUCCCUGCUUGAAUUUCCUGGGUGGGGGAAGCAGAACCCCAGAUCUCCUUGCUAAGGCCACGUCUGCGGAGCGGAAGGGAAAUCUGGAGUCACCCCUGGAAUCUCCUCAUGGGAAGGAAACAGAGACAUCCAUUCGCACACAAAAAGCAAAGAAAACGAAACCAUUUCUCUCUUCCUGGCGAGGCAGCAGCCAUGGCUGCUUUUGGGGGUCCCGUGCAGGAUCUCUGCAAGGAAGCCACUUGCCCCAUCUGCCUGGAGAGUUUCCGGGAUCCAGUGAUCAUCCCGGACUGCGGGCACAACUUCUGCCGAUCUUGCCUGAUCCAGUGCUGGGGGGAAUCCGAGGGAGAGGCUUCCUGCCCUCAUUGCAGGGAAAUCCUUCAGCACAGGAACCUCAUCCCCAAUCGGCCGCUGGCAAAUGUUUUGGAAAAACUUACAGUCGGGAAACUCCAUCUUCAUGGUGAAAAGGAGGCUGAAGGAAAGGGGAAGAUCUGUGAGAAGCACCAGGAGCCCCUGAAGCUCUUCUGCAAGGAGGACGAAAGCCCCAUCUGUGUGGUGUGUGACAGAUCCAAGGAGCACAAAAGCCACGAGGUGAUUCCUCUGGAGGAGGCGUCCCAGGAGUACAAGGAUCAGAUCAGCAGCUGCCUAGACAAUGUGAGGAAGGAAAGAGAGAAAAUUCUGGUGUUUAAAGCAAACACAGAAAAGGAAAGUCAAGACCUGCUUAAGCAAAUGAAAGCAGAGAAGGGGAAAAUGGUGGCUGAGAUCAGGCGACUGCACCAGUUUCUGGAAGAACAAGAGAAGCUUCUUCUGGCCCAGAUGGCAGAAGUGGAGAAGGAGAUUGCGAAGAAAAGGGAGGAGCACCUGGCCAGUCUCUCCAGGGAACUCUCCUCUCUUGACAGCCUCAUCCGGGAGAUGGAGGAGAAGCUUCAGGAACCAGUGAGUGAACUCCUGCAGGAUAUCAGAAGCUUCUUGCAGAGGUCUCAGGAGAAGGAGAACUUAGAGGAUCCUCCUGUGGCUUUUCCUCCUGCCCUGAAGUGGAGGAUCUGGGACUUCUGUGAUAUGAAUCCCUUCCUGGAGGGAGUCAUGAAGCAGUUCAAAGACACUGUGGAAUAUGGACUUCAGCUGCGAAAAGAAAAUGUAACUUUGGAUACAGACACAGCACAUCCCUUCCUCAUCCUGUCUGAUGAUCGCAAGAGUGUGAGUUGGGGAGAAGUUUGUCAAGACCUGCCAGACAACCCUGAGAGAUUUGACACAUAUCUUUAUGUGCUGGGAUGUGAGGGUUUCACAGCAGGCAGACAUUUCUGGGAAGUCAUUGUGGGAAGAGUGGAUAAGUGGGCGGUGGGGGUGGCCAGAAAGUCUGUGAAGAGGAAGGGUGUUGUGUAUUUUGAUACUUCGGACGGGAUCUGGGGUUUCGCGAAGUGGGACUUUGGGUACACCCCCCUUGAGGCCCCUGUUCCAAGUGAGGAGCCCAAGAGGAUCCGAGUGGCCCUGAACUGUGAAGGGAGACGGGUGUCCUUUUACGAUGCUGAUACAGCAGCCCUCCUCUACUCAUUCUCAGAAGCCUCCUUCUCAGGAGAGACCCUCCAGCCCUUUUUUUACGUGAGUGAGAAAGGGAACCUGAGACUCUCUUGACUGAGGGUGCAGACAGGCAAGCGUCAAUCAUGAUGCAACUCUCUAUUCCUGGGCCAGCUUUUUAAAUUACACUGAUUGAUUGGGUCCCCUUUCAAUCCCCAAACAUAGGAAAAACAUAGGAACUAACCCUACACACAUUCCUGUUUCAAUGUAGUUCUCUCUCCAACCCCCAACUCUGACUUAAGAUUUCUAGAGAAAAUACUGUCAUUUUUUCUGAAUAAAAUCAGAAUUAUGCAAAGAGCAUCACUUAAAA